AUGGAUCCCAAAUGUAAUAAUAAUGAAAGGGAACAAAAUCCAAGGGAGAAGGCAAACCUUUUAUCUCAUCUUGUUUAUUGGUACACUAAACCUAUAUUCGAUAAAGGUCGAAAGGGGCAACUUAGCAUAGCAGAUGUUUACAGAUGUAUGCCUGCACAUAGGGCUGCUCCCCGUGGGGAUGAAAUGGGACAAAAAUGGACACAAGAAGUGCAAAACAAAAACAGAAAACCGUCGCUGCUGCGAGCAAUUCUAAACAUAUAUGGCUUAAGGUUCAUUAUCUUCAAUAUAGUAUUUUCUAUUGCUGACACUGGUGUAAAAUUAGCUGUACCAUUGUGCCUUGAGGGAUUACUUAGUUAUUUUUCCCCUUCUCAUGGGGGAAUAUCUACAUCUCACGCAUAUUUAUAUGCUUUAGGAAUCAUAGGAUUAAUGGUGAUACAAUCAACUAUGAUGCCUCCGAUGUUGUUGUGGCUCCUAGAGAUGGGUCUCAAAAUCCGAGUCGCAUGUUGCUCCCUAAUAUACAGGAAGCUACUGCGGCUGGAUUUAAACACCGGUGGGAAAGCGUCAGAGGGUCUGACUGGUCACGUGAUCAAUCUCCUUACUACUGACGCGGAACGCUUCGAUAUGGCCGCUUUAUUCGUGAUGGAGAUAGUACGGGCGCCGAUAGAAAGCACAAUUAUAAUAUACCUCAUGUACAGGCAAAUAGGCCUUGCCAGUUUGGUCGGAGUUGCAUUUAUACUGUUCUUCAUACCUUUACAAGCUUACCUCGGUAAAGUAUUAGGCAAUUUACGUCAUUUGACCACUGAAAAGACCGACAAUAGGAUCCGCAUGAUGAAUGAAGUGAUACAAAGCAUAGAAGCUAUUAAAAUGUACGCCUGGGAGAACGCGUUCGCAAAGAUGAUUGGCGUAGCCAGGAGAAAAGAAAUGAACGUCAUCAAAAAGAUGUCAUGGCUGCAUGCAGUAAUGAUAUCAUGCGUUAAAUUGAACUCUAAAGUCGCCAUAUUCCUUAGUAUAAUAUCAUAUAUUGCAUACGAUAAUGAUCUGACAGCUGCAAAAAUUUACGUCCUAUUUAGUUAUUAUGAAAUGCUUAAGUAUAAUUUGAUAGAUUUUCUACCCAUAGCGAUAUCAUUCACUAUAGAAGCAUAUGUGAGUGUGAAACGUAUGCAAGAGUUUAUGUUGCUUCCCGAAGUGAAUAAUAAUGAUGGUGUAGAUUUGGUGAAUAUUGAUGAGCCACACAUUGAGUCGAAUGGUGUUGCAGAGAAAUCAAGCGAAAUGGAAUCGCACAUGGAACAACCUAAACAACCACUUGUCAUAUGUAUGAACAAUUACACCGCUCACUGGAGGAAUACAGAAGACGAAUCAUUAGAUAAGAAAGUUGUUGCGCUUGACAAUAUUAAUUUGAAGAUAAAACCGGACAUUCUAACUGUGAUAGUAGGUGAGGUGGGUGCAGGAAAGACGACUUUAUUGCAAGCAAUAUUGAGAGAAAUAUCUCCGACCAGUGGUCAGUUGGAGACUUACGGAACAAUAGCGUAUGCUGCGCAAGAUCCGUGGCUAUUUGAGGCAUCUGUUCGUCAAAACAUCUUGUUCGGUCAAAAAAUGGACUUACGUCGAUACAAUAAAGUGAUCGAGUGUUGUCAGCUCAAACCCGAUUUGGAUAUACUCCCCUUUGGUGACAAGACUAUUGUGGGGGAAAAAGGCGUUUCUCUCUCCGGCGGUCAAAGAGCUCGUAUAUCUCUUGCCCGAUGCGUAUACCAGAACGCUGAUGUAUACCUUCUAGACGACCCUUUGGCUGCUGUGGACGCUAAGGUAGCCCAAGCGAUGUUUAGUAAUUGCAUCCAUGGUUUCCUGCGAUCUCGGGCGGUAAUAUUGGUCACACACAAUGUUCAGUAUGCGACGUACGCCGACCACGUGGUCGUCAUGAGAAACGCACAGAUACAAAUACAAGGAACAUAUGAAGAGUUGAAGAAUAAAACUAGUGAAUUUGAGAAACUAAAAGAAUUCUCAGAGAAGAAUGAAGAAGAAGAGAAAGAUGUCGCAAAAAGUAAUAAAAGGAACAGAUUGAAAUCUUUAUCUGAGACUUCACAGCAAUCGUUUAAUAUGGAUUUUAACAACGAUUUGGAUCCAGAAUAUGAAGAGGAAGACCAAAACGAAGGGUCUAUAUCACGAGAUGUGUAUUUCGCUUACUUCAAGAGCGGUGGCAAUAAAUGGACUCUGUUACUGCUCGUCUUUCUGUUUGUACCAGCACAAAUAUUCUAUUCGGCUACUGACGUAUGGAUGCAAGAAUGGGUGAAUAUCGAAGAAGAAAACAUCGCUGAAAAUCAAAGGCACACAAAUAUAACACAAACAAAUUCUACACAAAUAAAUACAUCAUUUAUAGAGUCAUCAAGUGUGAUUUACGAAGACCUGUCAGCAAAUCGAUUCGGUCUCACUCGUGAUCAGUGUAUAUACGUGUACGGUGUACUGAUAGCGAUUGCCGUUGCAUUUACAUGGACUAAAUUAGUGGUAUUCUACAACACAUGUAUCAAGGCUUCCGUGGCACUCCAUGACGGUUUGUUCAGAGGUGUCACUAACGCCCCCAUGUGGUUUUUCCACCACAACCAUUCGGGCCGUAUUUUGAAUCGAUUUUCUAAUGAUAUGGGAAUGAUGGACACUAUACUACCUGGUGCUUUGGUCGACUGCUUAGGCUUUUUCCUAGAAGUGCUGUUCGUAUUGAUCGUGGUAUGCCUAAUGAACUGGUGGUUGUUGCUGCCCACUGCUGUAUUAACAUCGAUCCUGUUCAUGUUGCGUAAAUUAUACUUGUGCACUAGUCGCGAGUUGGAGAGGAUAGGAGCUAUCGUGAACAGUCAGACCUUGAGUCACGCGACAUCGACAAUAUCUGGUCUGAGCACUAUCAGAUCGUGCGGCGUGCAGCAGCGUACUGUCGCACAGGAGUUCGACAGUCUUCAGGACUUACACUCGUCUGCGUGGGCACUCGAGCUGGUGACCACACGAGCGUUCGAAUGGUGGAUGGACAUGUUGUGCUGCACAUUUUUAGCAUGUGUCAUCGGUAGCUUCCUGUUGUUGGAUGCUUCACAAACAGCUAGCGGCAGCGUCGGUCUUGCUAUUACGCAAGUGCUAGGUUUAGUUGGCAUGUGCCAGUUCGGUAUGCGGCAGACAGCCGAGGUGGAGAACCACAUGACUUCUGUGGAAAGGAUACUGGAAUACUCAAAAUUGCCAUCCGAAAGUCCAAUGGAUCCAGACGAAAAAGCUUUAAGGAGCAAACAUCCAGGAUUGGAUUUGAAGACUUGGCCUACUAAAGGUGAAAUAGUUUUCAAAGACGUGUCUUUGGAGUAUGAGAAACCUCCAAAAAAAGAGUCCGUAGCAGAGGACGAGAAAGAGAAAGAAACGGGCGAUCUAGAACCGAUUUUAGCCAUAAACGACAUUAGCUUUACUAUAAAGAGUUCAGAGAAGGUCGCCGUGGUUGGCAGAACGGGGGCUGGCAAAAGUUCUUUGAUUAGUGCAUUGUUCAGACUGAACCGCAUCAGCGGGUCAGUGCGCGUGGACGGCGUGUGCGCGGAGGAGUGCGGGCUGCGCGCGUGGCGGUCGCAGCUGUGCGCGUUGCCGCAGCGGCCCGCGCUGUUCGCGGCCACGCUCAGGGACAACCUCGACCCCGCGCAGCAGUACGCCGACGCGGAGAUAUACCGCGCGCUAGAGCAGGUGGAGCUGUCCGAGCUGGUGGGCGGCUGGGCGGGCGGGCUGGGCGGGAAGGUGGGCGACGGCGGCGGGAACCUCUCCAGCGGGCAGCGCCAGCUCGUGUGUAUGGCGCGCGCCGCGCUCACCGGCGCCAGGGUGCUCGUGCUCGACGAGGCCACCGCCAACGUGGACGCCAAAACAGAUAAACUGAUUCAGGCUACGAUCAGGAACAAAUUCGCCAACUCGACGGUGCUGACUAUCGCGCAUCGCUUGAACACUGUCAUGGAUUACGACCGCGUCAUAGUCAUGGACAAGGGUCGUAUCGUAGAAUCUGGCCACCCGUAUGAACUGCUGACUCAGGUCAGCUCGCCUUGCGUUACUACUUCUCCGAACCACGUAACUCUGGAUCAUAAAACUCGGGCACCUUUGGCUACACCUGAAAACUUCGGAUUAAGAGAUCGAGUAUAUUCCAAUAGAUCAGAAACAGAACAAUUGGGUAUGUUCAAGACACUCGUAGAGCAGACUGGGAAAGAAAACGCAGCGGCACUUUACAAAAUGGCUGAAGAGAGUUACAACAAUAAGCUGACAAAGAAAGAUUUAUAA